AUGAAUCCAGUGUACAGCCCUGCACCAACAGGGGUCCCCUUCACUAACACCAAGGGUAUAGGCUACCCAGCUGGAUUUCCUAUGGGCUAUGCAGCUGCUGCCCCGGCAUACUCUCCCAGCAUGUACGCAGGGGCAAACCCAGCCUUCCCCAACGGUUACAGCCCCGGCACUCCCUUCAAAAUGUCUUGCUCUCCCAGCACGGGGUCUGUUCCUCCAUACUCCUCCUCACCAAACCCAUAUCCUACUGCCGUGUACCCUGUCAGGAGCACCUAUCCCCAACAGAAUCCUUACGCACAGGCAUUAAUACCUUCACAACAACAAGGCCCUUACUACACGCAGCCGCUGUAUGCCGCGCCGCCCCAUGUUAUUCAUCACACGACAGUGGUGCAGCCCAACGGGAUGCCUGCCGCCAUGUACGCCCCGCCCAUCCCUCCUUCCCGCCCCAACGGCGUUACCAUGGGGAUGGUAGCUGGCACGACCAUGGCCAUGUCCGCUGAAUUCUUUGCUGUGCUUCGCAGGAACGUUGUUGACAACUCCGUCCCCAGCCCCUGUUGCCCCACACCAGGUCACUAUGCCCACAUAUCGGCCCCCGGGCACCCCCAGCUACAGCUACGUGCCCACACAAUGGUGAAGAGGCCGACGUGUCUGAAGAUGGUAGAUAUGCAUUCACACUCUACUCCAGUGAUUUUUGCUCCUGGUGGGGACCUGCCCCGGCAACGUCCACAACCAGUUACUCUUCUUCCAGCAUAAUGUGAAUCUAAAACCCAACUCUAUAGAAAGAGGCUUUUUUUUGUCUUUUUUUUUUUUAAAUCCUUUUCAAUUUUUGUUUCUAAUAUAGAGAGGGGAUGAAGAAUAGGCCCAUCCCCUUUACUCCCUCCCCUUAUAACGGCAUAAGGCUGCAUUCCAACCCCCCCCCCUCCCAUUUAAAAAAAACAAAACAAACCUCACUGUCAGCAUCUCUACAACCUGCUGCAAAUGUCACAUCAAACUGCAAAACUUUUUUGUGGACCGUCGUGCAGGUUUUUCUAGCUUUGACUCUUCAGUUGUGAUUUUGGUGGGGAGAAAAGGGAGUUUUUAUUUUAUUUUUUUAAAAACCUUUUUGUUUUCCUUCGUUUUCAGUUGGGGGGGAUGCAUACGAUGUCGAAUGCAUGUGUAUAUAUAGAUAUAUUAAGUAAUGCUAGCUCAAUCUACCUGCUGCAACAGAUGCAACGUCAAACAAAAAGGCACACGUCCAAAGGAACUGAGGAAAAAAAGAAGUAAUAAUCUGCAAUGCUGAAUUACCAGUGACCGUGUCAUAAAUGUGAAAACACACGUUUGUUCAUGCGAAAAACAUUUCUGCGUAAGGCCGGCGCAGACCAAACUUACCAUUUUCACUGCUUUGUGUUUAGGGAAGUGAUACUAGAGUUUUAUUGUUCCUCUGAGUGAUGCAGCGUUUGCAGCAUGUCUUACAGUGUUUGUAUUUUAGAACAAAGAUGGGCGUUUGUGUCUCUGUCUGAUGGCCAUUCCAACACUAACAAUCCAAUAACACUCCAAAUUUUAUUUUCUUCCUGUCUCUCUUAAACAUUUUAUAGGGGGGGAGUGAAUUAUUUCCAAAAUUCCGUGCAAAGGCACAGGUUAAAUUGACAAUUUAAAACAAAUUUUAGCCAGAAAUGUUUUCGGUGGGGAACAAACAGAGGUUAUUGGAAAUCAUUUGCACCAAUUUAGUGUGAAUAAAUGAGCAGGAGCAGUAUUUUUUGUGUGUGUGUAUGUGUGUGUGGGGGUGUGUGCAUACAAGUAUGUAUGAAAGUGUCUUAAAAUGGAAGCUGUAUAAAGUGGUGCCAUACAGUGAGACAUGCUUAGAAUUUUAGGCCUACAUGUCACUCUAGUUGGUUUGUUCUUGGGUGGCUCUGACGCACUACAUCAUUAAAUCACUGCUAACUGUGCAAAUGUUAGGACAUGUUAUCAUUAUACUCAAAUUGUGAAUAGCACUACUGAGUGAAGGCACUAAGUCAAAACAGUUUAAGAUAUAUUACCUUUUGACAUUGCUCGCUGUCUUACCUCAAGGCUAACCCACCAAUAUCACUGUUUCAAACAUGCUUUUCUAUGUUGCCUCAGUCACCUCAGUUAAAUAAUCUGUUUUGUAAAUGUUAUUUUUGUGAUUUUGGUUCCUGUUUUGUACUCUAAAGAAAGACCAAAAAAUAAAAAACAAGUAUAAGGAU